CAGUUUUCGCCUCUGAAAUCAAUUUAUAAUAUCCGCUGUCUUUCUCAAACCAGUUAUGAUUCGGUUCGCCCCUUUUGAGCGUUCCGUACACGAAAACUUUAUGCAAUCGGCUCAUCCUAAAACAGCUUAUUCCGGCCCUGGAAAAAUCUUCUCCAAUAGCGCCCCUACAAUUUUUUAAAUACGUAAUCAGCUGAUUGACAGGGACAGAGGGUGUGGUGAUGUCAAAACCCAACACACCCAACAACAGGUAAAUAAUUAUUUUGAUAAGAAUUUAUACAAAAAAUGGUAUCGUUAAGUGCAUAAUCUCAAAGGUCAACAACAAAGUAGUUAAAUGAAGCCCCACUAGCCCACAAUGUGGUACUUAAUAGUCACAGCGCGUAGUAUAAUCUGGAUGUUGAUAAGUCUCCUGGCCACUCUACUAAUGCUGGGGGCCUUCAUGAGCCCCCUUUGGCUGGUCAGGGGCCAACAGGAAAUUCUCUUCGGCAACGAGACAAUCACCUACACUGCCAGCGUUGGGGUUUACACAAAAUGCAGUAAACCCAUUAAAAUCGAAGGCCCGGCGUGUACAGCCAUUGCAGUGAGGGGGCUAGCAACUGACUCAAACGUCUUCCCGGGGGUUUGGAAAGCGUCGACUGUUUUUCUCGUUUCAGGCCUCAUAAUAAUGUCCGCGACUGUUUUCAUGGGUUUGGUUAGUUGCCGCAUCCAAAGCUUCUUCAAGAAGAGUAUUUUCACGAUGUCUGGGGCGGCGCAAGCUUUAGCAGGGAUUUGUUUUAUUCUGGGUGUGAUGUUGCAUCCCAUGGGAUGGGGCGCAGUAAGGGUCCAGAAACUGUGCGGGAGGGAUGCUUCCCCCUUCUAUCCCGGGGAUUGCAGUCUUGGGACUGGACUGGGAUUGGCUGUUGCUGGUACUUUGCUUGCGUUUGUUUCAGCGUGUCUUUCAGUACCCGCUGAAAAUUCCACAAGUAGUGAUAAAGUACAAGACCAAAUAUACGAAGGCCAGACUCUCAUUUGUCUUCUGUGAACAAGGUUUCUGAAGUAAUCUUGAAUACCAAAUUGUACUGAAAAUGUGCCUUCAAGUCUCUUGGGAACAAUUUCGGCAAUUUAUAAGUGAUAUUUAUUUUUUUAUGUAAUGGUGCUCUCAUGUACUGCCACCUAACUGUACUUAUUUUUUAAUUAGUUUAGCUUUUAUAUCGUUUUUUAUACCAAAAAUUUUUAUCGUACUUUUAAGUGUUUAUAUACCAUAUAUAGCCAUGCACUUUUAUAUACUUAUAUGAGACAUGUAAUAAAACAAAUCACAUUAAA